ACUUGGGGGACUUGCAUGUUAUGCUGCAGUCGGAGGUCACAUGUUAAUCUGACAUGCAUGAUGAGAAGAACUAGGAAAUCUUGUCGUGAUAGCUCUCAGGACUCUCCUGUGACUGACAAUGAGCGAGACAUCAUCUGGGGGGAUUCCCCUCCUCCCCGGCGGAUCUGUCUGUCGACUACGCCAGGGCGCAGGGUAACAAGAGCUAGUGCUGCUGAACAAGAUUUGACAGAUCUCAUUGAGUGCAUGCAUCCUAAGGAAAACAAAGAAUCCAGCACCCCACCUCUACUUGGUUUGUGGAUGAGGAAUAGACAGGAACCGGACUCAGAGAAGAAGAAACGUCGGCCUGCGAGACUGGCAAGAAGAACUACCGGAAGGAAGCUUUCCAGGAUAGGCCUAGACAAAGGUGUCUUGGAUGAUCUGCGUAUGUUGACAGAAUGGACAGGCAAUCUUGUGGCUGUUGGGGAACACUCUGAACAUCCUGCAGAAGAUAGUGAAGCUGUGACAACGGAAGGUGCAACUGAUCCUGAUGGUGGUGGGGAUGCUGAAGCCAUGGAGUGUGACAACCUAGAAGAUCUCUUUGCUGAUGAUGAUUUAACCGACAACGUGGACGGCAGUAACAUGGAGACAAGACAAGCGAUGAAGGAGAGAAGGAAGAGUUCAAAUCGCUCUUUCUCCAGUGACUUCUGGGACAGUGAUGACUGGGGUGAUGAGGAUUCCAUCAUCAGAAUAGCCACUCAAGUGGAAAAGGAAGCAUUGACUCAGCGGAUGCAGCAGAAGAAUGGUAACAUCAAAUCCCCAUUCUUGGAUGCUGAUAUGAUAUCCCCUUCUCAGAAUGGAUUAACAGUUAAUGUCCAAAGCAAGAUGUGCCAAAAUGUUAAUCAAAGUGUCCUUAAUAAUGGGAACUUUCAAAGCAAAACCACUGGUCAUGUACAGACAACUGAGAAACUGAAUAAUGGAAGUUCUGUGACCAGAGGUGCAACAGGUGUGUCAAAACCUUCACUGACAACUCUAUCAAAAGCACAGGUCCUUGUCUCUACAAACAAUACAUACCCACCAAGGGAAUCACAGAAGCCAUCUCAGAAACCAACAACCAUGCCUUACAGGAAAGGCCAGAUGCAUACUUCCAGAUCUCAUACAUCAACCUCUUACUCGAAGGCAGUACCUACUCUAACUAAACCAAAUACAUCAACUCAUCAUAGUGCAAAGUCUUUCAGCAAUGUGAAGCCAUUGGGUACAAAGAACAAUGUACACACUAAUGCCAAUGUGAAUAUAUCAACUGGAUCAAUACAGAAGGUCCCUGCCAAAGCAUCUUUUCCUCCCCCAGUCUCAAGGACCGCUCCUCAGCAUGCUGUUGGGCAAACAGUAACUGCUGUGGCACAGGCUGGUAAUCGCUACACCACUUGCAAUAAGUUGCCACAAGCUCCUGCAAGAGUUCCUCCAAUGAGUGAUGCCCUAAGUGCAGCUCCGGUCAAAGGUCAAACUUUCAAUGACAGUCUGGAUGAUUUGUUUGCUGGUGACAACAGCCUGCCUGAUGACAUGCUUCUAGCUCUUCUAGAUAACGAUUCUGACUUUGAAGAAUACUCCAAGAAAGCCCCAUCAACCGUUCCUGUCGGGUCCAACAACAGUACUCAAAAGCAAUUUCUAGGAAAUUCUAGUGGAAACAGUGUAGCUGCUUCAUGUAAACCCACAAUGAGCAAGCCACAGAUGCAUUCAAUGAGCACUAGAGCUCAGUAUUCUUCAGGAGCAUCCUCAAAAUCAAAAGGCACGAAUUCUUACACAACUAACAAGUGCUAUGCCAAAGGUCCUACACCGAAGAAUUUACCACAAACAUCCACAAAUCAAGCUGUAGGAACAACACACUCAAGGUUGACCAGAUCAACCGCUCAAAGUCCUGUAACUAGACAGUCCACUAAUCACCAGACUGCAAUAAUGGAAAUGAAGAAUGUCAGUGUGGAACCUGCUGUACAGGGCGGAAGGAGUCUUUCUCAACCAGUCCCACCACCUGUGAAGGAAGGUGGCACAACAGUCCAAAGGUGCUGCAGUCAACAGGAGAUAGAGCAGAAGAGACAGGCAGCUCUGGCCAAGCGCAAGAAAAGCAAGCUUCGGGUUAGUCCCAUUACCUAACAGAUGAUUUGAUGGUUGUGAGUCAGUCGUAUAGCUAAAUUGAAUGUUUAGCUGAACAAAGAAUUGGCAAAGAAACUGGAUUUAUUUUCAUAGACUGAACAUUUUGUAUGCAUCAUUGGAAAUUUCUUUUAGUUAAAUAUGUGUACAUGAAGUAAUUUGUUUAAAUGUUAGCUUCUUGAUUUUGUCAUUACUGAUGGAAAAAUGGGAUUUUGGAAAAGAAAUCCUUAAUCGUUUCUCAGAAGUUCUUUUAUCAUUCUGUAAUGUAUAAUUUUAAGUAACAUUGUUUUUAUAUUGAGGUAACGUAGGUGAAUUUUUCAUGAAAAGUACCAGUGGAUAAAAAGUGAGGUAUAUUUCAAUAAGUUAUUCAAUAUUUUAAUAAAUGCAUCCUUUUAAUUUGCUAAAAUUUCUUAUGAUUUCAUUAGAAUAGUUUAGUCUGUUACUUGAAAAUAAUGUAGAUUUUUGUUAAAUGCUGGAAGACUUGUGAUUAUAAUGUUUAUUUUCAAUAGUUGACAAGACGAAUGCAGUUUUUAAGUAGUUGAUGAAAUGUUAAUUAAAAAUACUGAAGCUAUGUAGAAAUGAAAGAUAUCUGAGUAUAUAUUUUGUAGUUAUACAGAUUUAUUUUAAUUUUGGAUCAUGGAAAGAAAAUAAAUCAUUCAUUACAUACAUGUAUAUAUUUGUUGUAUUAAAAAGAUAAUACAGUGAAUCAUGAGUCAGCUCUUCAUAAAUACAUACAUGCUUAUGUAUUUAAGCUAGUUGCUUGUCAUUACUUUGGCUUAUUACUUUUAUAUUCAUCAUAUUGCAUAUCUCUACUGCAGUAUUUAGUGCCGACUUCCAGCUCUAAAAGAAUAAAAACAUGAAUAACAAACAUAUUUUGGGAUCUUGCUAUGAAAGAGCAAUCAAUACCUGUAUGUUGUAUGGAUGAAGGUGUACAGGGAAAUGCACAUUGCAGUUUAGUGCAAUGAUUUUGUUGAAGAAUAGUUUACAAACGUGAACUAGUUUCUUAAAGCAAAUUAUCCAAAAUAAAAGAAGAAUGCUUUUAACUUUUCAUUUCCAUGACAGAAGUGUUUUCCUCAUGUUUCAGAAAAGAAAUGAUUAAGUUCUAAUAAGUAACAUAGCUCUGCUAUCAAGGCAUAUUUGUUUUUUUUUUUGCAUAAUUUAGAUUGAAUAAAAAUUUAUUCUACUGAAUUCAUUUGUUUGUUUUAUCUAUUGAAUUUGUAAAAAAAAAAUAUGUGGCUCCUACAAAAAUGGAUUUAAUUAUUUAAAAAAAUCUGUAGAAAUAUUGUAAAAAGUGAUAAUUGUAAGCAGAGGUAAUUUUUGUAUCUGCUUACUUGGAAAAGAAAUGGUUAAAUUCUAAUAUGUAGUGUAGGUCAUAGCACAGCCAUCAGAGGUAUUUUUACCAUGAGAUUUUAUUUAACCAAGUUUAUUUCACCAAAAAAUCUGUUGGUUGAUGUCUGAAAAAACAAGUGUAGAAACUAGACAAUGAUAAACAUGAGCAGAGGCUAUUUCAUAUAUCUGUUCAAUAUGACUUUGCAACAUUUCAUUAAGAAGUACUUUUUUUUUGUUUCAUUCUUUUUUGUUUCAGUUCUGUGGACUAGAAAUGAUUAUAUUUUUUUGAAUAUUGUAAAACCUCAUAUUAUUGGUUUAAAGCAUCAGAUAUACAUUUAUGAUUAUAAAAAAAACCCAGUUUUGCUAUUUAUCCAAGAUAUAUUUGACACUGCACUGAUAUUAGUAUCAAUUUAGCUCAAGAUGUUGCUACCUAUUAUUAUUGUGAAAAUUUUAAACACCAAGAUGAACUGAAAAUUUUCUUCAUGCUUUUGAUGAUCUCAUUUGUAAAUUAACAUGAAAGGAAAUAAUUGUUGGUUACUAUGUCACUCAUUUUUAAUUGUCACUUGUCAGUUGUCCCAACAUACAUAGCUUAUUACUAAUAUAUGAUGUUAUCGCAUUUACUAUGUGGAUCCUUUCAAGUUGUACGGUUCCUUAAUAUUCAUAUAAUAAUGCUCUUUCUAUAUACAUUUAAGUUGAGAAUCACAUAAGUCAUACGUCUACAUAAAUAGUGCUUUCUCAUAUUCCACUACUUUAGCAUCCCAUGUAAUUUUAAACUUGGUGUUUCACAAUAAUUAAGUGUGACUUUAAUAAGAUUCAGGCUUAAAUGCUGCAUGCACAUGCGGUCUAGUGCUUAGAGCGUUGGACUCUUAAUCAUAGGGUUGUGAGUUCAAAUCCUGCUCUGCCACUGUCCCCACUUUCAUAAAAAUACCCAAGAGUAAUUUUUGUCAUCUAUAAGGUCAGCCACUAUGCCUGAUUAACUUAGAUAUAAAAUGUUUCCUAUGUAAUUGGUUAAUAUAUACCAGCAACAAGCUGUCCUGCCGAGUUCAUGUGGGAGUUACCAUAACAGAAACAUGGUAUGUAACGUGCAAUCUUUACUAGCACGCAGUAGUACAUGUCCUCUUUAGUACGAUUGUACCAAUGCGGUGAUGAACUGUACAUCAUGCACAACUGGGAAUUUCAUUCUGAUUCAAAGUCACACUUAUUAAACUCUUUUCUUUUUCAUGAAUUAGUCAUGUUUAUAACUAAUUUUUUUUUUCUAAAAAGAUGGACAGCAAUUAAUGUGUAGGUUGUGUACUGGGAAAAGAAAACUCAGAUACACAUUGAAGAAAGGAAGGUUGUAUGUCUUUUAUCUGGAAUUCUGUUCAUUGCAUCAAAAUCGCAUACAUGUAUGAAAUUAAUAUGGACACCCCCCCCCCCCCCCCCCCCGUUUCUGCUCCGAAAAUGAAAAAGUAUGACCAACUUUUUGUGGAUUUAAAGAUCAUCAUUGCUGUAACUUUUCUGAAAAAAAAAAAAUGAAAAUGAUGUACGUCAUUUACGAUUUCAUUUGAUAAAAGAAAUGCAAGUGGGGACAUGACAGCUCGCUUAUUUUGAAUUUCAUGACCUGCAUACAACCCUUCCACCAAAAUGUAAAUGAAAACUUGAAAUUAUUCAAUAACUUAUUUUUCAUUUGACUCUGACAAAUAUCAGUGUUGUAUCUGCUUCAAAUCAUAAUUUUUUUAGCCUAAAGUGCCCCUUUAAAUAAAAUAUACUUAAGUUUCAAUUUCAGUUAAUGCCAUAUUAUAUUAGCUCAAUUUAACUACAGUAUUGUAGCGUGCAUUAUAACAUAAUUUGUAUAUUAUGUUCAUGUUAUUUCAUUUUGGUUAAUUUGUUACAUGUAUAUGAUUAAAUAUAGAAAAUGCAUUAUAACCAAGGA